AGCGCGAAGCCUGCACGUGUUACCGAGCACCGUGUAGUUGUUAUAACACGGCUCCCCCCUUCACCCCCCCUUAUGCACCAGCUCCGUGAGCGCCGUACGAAGACGGGACUCACCGCAUAAACGAGAACCGACCACAUUAUGGGUGGUAGGGUCCUCAACUAAACUGCUUCACGGGAUUUGUAGUCUCUAUGAAGCUUUCGAGAACGUUUAACGUUAUCAAUAGAGGAGGAGCGUAGAACUACAUCACCCACAGUGCACCGCGACGGGUUUGCGUCAAGUCUAUUCCGUUGCAUUUUCAAGAUGGCGUCGCUGGGAAGGAGGCGCGGUGUCCCAGUCAACAGGGAGAGGGGAGUGAUGGCGGCCACGGAGUGUUACAUCGUCCACGAGAUCUACAACGGUGAGAAUGCACAGGAGCAGUUCGAGUACGAGCUGGAGCAGGCUCUGGAGGCGCAGUACCGCUACAUCGUAAUCGAACCCACACGCAUCGGAGACGAGACGGCCCGCUGGGUGGCCGUGGGAAACUGCCUGCACAAAUCCGCCGUUCUGGCAGGGGCCACGUGCCUCCUGACGCCGCUCGCCCUUCCCGCCGACUACUCCCGUUACGUGGCGCUCCCCGCUGGCGCUCUGAGCCUGGCCUGCGCCGCGCUCUACGGCAUCUCCUGGCAGUUCGACCCCUGCUGCAAAUACCAGGUGGAGUACGACAGUCAGAAGCUCUCGCGGCUGCCGCUGCACACGCUCACCUCCUCCUCGCCAGUGGUUCUGGUUCGGCGGGACGACGUGCACAGAAAGAGACUGCACAACACGAUAGCGUUGGCGGCCCUGGCGUACUGUGCCAAGAAGAUCUAUGAACUGUACGCCGUAUGAGCGCUGUGGCACAUGCACACACACGCAUACAGAUACUGAUAUAUGCGUACACACACACAAACACGCAGCAGGGAGGUGAGAAGCACUACUAAACACCCGACACUGGCAGAUACACACACACACACACA